AACAAGUCGUCCACCAAAGCAUGUUACAGCGCAGACAUGCCUUGUCCGUCGGAAAGCGAGAAAAUUGUGAUAAACUGCGGGGGGGUUCGACACGAGACUUACCGCAGCACCUUGAAGACGCUGCCCGGCACCCGUCUGUCAUGGUUGACGGAACCGGACGCAUUUAGCAACUUUGAUUACGACCCCAAAAUCGACGAGUUCUUCUUCGAUCGCCACCCGUCCGUUUUCUCAUUCAUCCUUAACUAUUACCGGACGGGAAAGUUGCACUGUCCCAACGAUGUGUGCGGUCCGCUGUUCGAGGAGGAGCUCGCCUUCUGGGGCAUCGACGAGACGGAUGUGGAGGCUUGCUGCUGGAUGAACUACCGACAGCAUCGGGACGCGGAGGAGGCGUUGGACAGCUUCGAGAACCCCGAGCCGGACGCACAGGAGGAUGACCCAGCGCUCACGGGUGGCGCGGAUGGAGACCUGAAGAGACUUUGUCUGCAAGAGGAUGGGAGGAAGGUGGGCUGGUGGCGCGUAUGGCAGCCUAGAAUCUGGAACCUGUUUGAGGACCCCUAUUCGUCCAAAUAUGCGCGGUAUGUGGCGUUCCUCUCUCUCUUCUUCAUCCUCGUCUCCAUCUCCACCUUCUGCAUGGAGACGCACGAGGCCUUCAACACCAUCUACAACCGCACAGAGAACGUGACGGUGGGCAACACCACCCAGGAGGAGAUUGUGUACGAGGUGGUGACCGACAGCUGGCUGACCUACGUGGAGGGCAUGUGCGUCAUCUGGUUCACCAUCGAGGUCAUCACGCGCGUGUUCUUCUGCCCGGACAAGGCGGAGUUUUUCAAGAGCUCGCUGAACAUCAUUGACUUUGUGGCCAUCCUGCCCUUCUACCUGGAGGUGGGCCUGAGCGGACUCUCCUCCAAGGCGGCCAAGGACGUGCUGGGCUUCCUCCGCGUGGUGCGUUUCGUGCGCAUCCUGCGCAUCUUCAAGCUGACGCGCCACUUCGUGGGGCUGCGCGUGCUCGGCCACACGCUGCGCGCCAGCACCAACGAGUUCCUCCUGCUCAUCAUCUUCCUGGCGCUGGGCGUGCUCAUCUUCGCCACCAUGAUCUACUACGCCGAGCGCAUCGGCGCCGACCCGGCCGACCCCACCGCCAGCGCCCACACCAACUUCAAGAACAUCCCCAUCGGCUUCUGGUGGGCGGUGGUCACCAUGACCACGCUGGGCUACGGGGACAUGUACCCGGAGACGUGGUCGGGCAUGCUGGUGGGCGCCCUCUGCGCCCUGGCGGGCGUGCUGACCAUCGCCAUGCCCGUGCCCGUCAUCGUCAACAACUUCGGCAUGUACUACUCGCUGGCCAUGGCCAAGCAGAAGCUGCCCAAGAAGAAGAACAAGCACAUUCCGCGGGCGCCCCAGCCCGGCUCGCCCAACUACUGUAAGCCCGACGCGCUCGCCAUGGCUACUGCCUCGCCCCAGAGAAUCUUGGGUAACGUGCUGGGUGGCGUGAUGGGCUCAGGGGGCUCGCUGGGCCUCACCGGGGACUGUCCACUCGCACAGGAGGAGAUCAUCGAGAUAAACCGAGACUCGAAGCAGAACGGCGACGCGGCCAACGCUGCCCUGGCCAACGAGGACUGCCCCACGAUUGACCAGGUCCUGAGCCCCGAGGAGCGCAGCCCGGCGGGCCGCACCCGCGACCGCUACCCGCAGGACCGCGCCUGCUUCCUGCUAAACACGCGCGAGUUCCGCACCACUGACACAAACGUGAGGAAAGUGUUAAGUUUCUAGCAUUCAGCAGUUGUCUAGAAAGGAGACGGUGAGCGAUUUUAACCCGUGUUAGCUGACGGGAUGCAUCAGCCAGAUGUGACAUAUGACGAGGGUGGGCGUAGCAAGAGGAAGUGACCCGGAAAUCAAAAAGAGAAACAAAAAAAGAUAUCUGAAUCUCCAUGUGGCCGGAUCUUCACACGGUAACCAAAGCAACCUCACGGAACUCCGGAACACUUUUUGUCAAUGGACUGACUGGUUACUUUGACAACAAACUUAUCUUUGCACUGACACCUACAAAGAGAGAGAAAGACUCUUAAAAAAAAGAAAAGAAAAAAUAUCAGCGGGAAAAAAAUUAUCAAAAAGCAUUCCAAAACAUGACCUGUCUGUUAUUUAGUGGACUUACUGGCUCCUGUGAUACAUUAUGUAGUACAGUUGAGUCAAGUGAAAAUUUGACUCUCAACAAAGAACAUGGGACCAUGACGAACAAACUAUGUAGCACCUCUGCUAACACACUAUGUAGCAUUUGUUGGCUGGGAAAAUAUGUUGACAGGUGACCUUUUGUCUUUUUUGGACCAUUUGCACAGACUGACUUUAACAAUGAACUUGGUAAACAUGUCAUCCCAACUGUCAUCCUAAAAUGCAGACACAAACACACAAACACAUACACACACUUAUAUAGGCUACAAAUUGAAUCAGAGCCAACUACAGAAAAAUUUGAUCCCCUGUGAUCUCCAGUAAAAUGAAUUCAAUAGAACAUCCAAUGUCAAUAAGAAUAAGAGUCCCGAUAUUUCUUACUUUUAUGAAAACAAUACUUCUGUCUAUUACUGAUCCACAUUGAAGGGAACUGGAUUAUCUCACCAGUUAUUCAGUCUUCCAUUGGUUUGCAUCCGAGGCAACAGCAAAUCAAGCUCAUCCUGCCAAAGCCCUCAGCCAAUCAAGCUCAACCUGCCAAAGCCCUCAGCCAAUAAAGCCCGCCCUGCCAAAUCCUUAAGGAUGUGAGUGACCAAAUGAAGCACAACACAGGACCAAGCGAACGCUUUCUUUCUGUGUUAUGCCCUUGAAGGUCCUCUGACAACAACGAAAGAAAAAAAGAGAAAAAAGCUAUUGAGAUUUUCCAGCGUUUUCUGCCUUUCCCCGCGUUUUCUGCCUUUCCCCUUAUCCAUCGCUUCAUAACAGAGCCCAGAGAGGACCUGCUGUUACCUGACUGAGUUUGUCCUCUCUGCUGCAGGCUGUAUGAUGAAGAUGGCUGAGCACACACACACACAGAGAGAGAGAGAGAGGUCUCUUCCUAUAACUUUGCCAUGUAUGGGCAAGUGAGGCUUACUGGUAACAUUGUUGUGCUGUUGUACCAUGCGCACACACACACACACACACACACACACACACACACACACACAAACACACUUAUACACCCCACAACGCAACAGCUCUACUGCCGAGUCCCCCACGUGUUUGGCUCUCUGACUGACCAAAUCACAUACUGCCCUGACCCCUCCGUCCUGCCACAGACAAGGUCAACCGGGGGACUCCAGAGACAAUUCUGCCACACUCCCCAGACUUUCACACACACACACACACACACACACACACACACACACACACACAAUCACACAGAGAAAGAGAGAUACACACAAAAGUGGGGAGCCACAAAGGCACUUUUGCGAGGGGAAAAUACUCGCUCAGAAACAUGUCCCCAUCCCUGUACAGGCCCCCUCUGAGGAAAAGGAACGUGAGUCUGGACAUCUCUCUUGACCCCUUCUAUCCCUCCGUCCCCGCCUUCGUUCCCGAUCUCUCUCUCUCUCUGUUCCAUUACUGCUGAGCAACGCUUUCUAUUCUCCGACGAGAUGGAAUCGGUAUCAUCAUAUCACAAGGAGAAAGAAAAAAGCCAGGAAAAGAAUAACAAAAAGGACCAAGUCAAGGGAGAACUCAGAAAAAAAAGAAAUAAAAGAAUUGUCCAAAAAGAACAAAUCUAUAUUUUAAUAAACUGACCAAGAGAGAGUCUCCACAAGAGACCACCGUGAGAGUCCAGUGAAGCUCGUCAGCGCUGCGUGGCGCGACCCAGCCCUUAGGCCUCCCCUUAACCACUGCCAUUACCUCGCAUGAGCAGAGAGAGAGAGAGAAAUGAGGGAGGGGAAACUGGACGGAGGAUGGACAGAGAGCUCUUUCCAGACGGAGGAGAGAGAGAAGCACCUAAAGAGGAAAGCACCGUGAGAGGACACUGAACGGACUACAAAAAAAAAAAAAAAAAUUAUCAAGAAAAAAAAAGAGCAGAAAAUGCAUUUUUUUUGUAACUUUGUUUACCAGCAUGAGUACUCUGCAUGACUGUAUUUCCUGCAAGCCCGUAGUGGAAUAUGGGGGCUAGAAAUACUUAAAAAAUAUAAAUAAUAAUAAAAAUAAUAAUAAAUAAUAAAAUAAAUAACAAAAAAACAUGAUAUGCAAUUAAUAUUUAAGAAAAAAAAGAUUAUAUUAAAAGAGCUAUAUUUUGUUUUUAAAUAGUAAAAAUGUGAAUAAAUAAUGGGAAAAAUGUGUAUGACUGCAAGAUAAACACUGAACUAUGUUUUAUUAGUUGAGAAAAAAAAACAUGAAAAGCCCACCAAAUUUUACUUGGCUAGUUACUGCCCCAUGUUUCGCACUUCUUCUUCAGUCGAUGCUGUUUCCACCUGUGUACACUGCCUAGCUGGACUCGCCCCUUAAGACUCGAUGUUCCACUCUGUCCGUCUGGCGACGAUGGGCCCCGGCUCUCCCUGUUUGUUUGUGUCCGUAGGGUCAUCUCUCCUCUUGCCCUGAUGCUCCCUGGACCGAGCAACUGCACAAGUGUCUUUGUAGCCAUGAAGGGGGUGCUGAAACUCAAGCCUUCCGUGACACUAACAUUAGCACAUGUAGAGCAGAACGCUCCGGCGUUCCUCACACAAAAAGCUCAUCUUUGUUGUUUUAUUCUUGUCGUCGUCGUCGUUGUUGUUGUUGUUUUUGUUUUGGUCAUUGUUCAUUUUGAUCAUCCUCUCUCAUUUCCUUACUAUCAUUCUUCUUACUUCCUCUUGUGCUUUUUUUCAUUGGCAAUAAUUCCUACGUGUCGAGAGAUGAUUGAUUGUAGCAGGCAGAAAAUAAGAAAAUGCCUACCUGUCUUUUUCCAUCACCCAGAUGCAGUAUGGGAGUUGUAGUUCUGUGUGGGAAAGCCAGGGCCUCUGUCCGAUGAGAGGCUGGCCAAACCUCUGUAAAUCUCAGGUGGAGGGUGGUUCGUGUCAGACAAGUCAGGGUCUCUGACUGGGACCUGUCUAUUUGUUUCCCACCUCAGUGACAGGUAUCCCGUGGUCCUAAAGUUAUCCUUCUGCAGGGUUCCGAUGAGUGUUUAUCAGGCAGUAUCGUUGACAGCGUGCAUGAUAUGAUUUAGCUGUAUCAGUUGCUGGAGGACACAAAGACGUGUCUGUUUUCUCUCUGUGUGUUUUCAGUGUAGUCAUGAGAUCACUGUGCUUAAACAUGGAAUAGAAAAGUCUUCCCUCGUUCAUCGUGAUCAUCGCGCUCUGCACUGCAUGAUUGAAGACUGUGGUACAUUUAGUUGCCCGAAAGAGUGGAGGCUUCUCAUCUGUCAUGUUAUUGGUUCGAAGUCUUGUUAGGCCCAGAGAGAGGGACUCCAAGCACACAGUAGCCUUCAUGUUCCUCAAAGCUGGUGUUUUUGUGUUUCUAAUGUAAGCGAUGCCAAAUUGGUUCUACUGACAUAGGUCACGUAUUGCUGUUAUCGUUCGAGCUAUAGCUGGACUACAGUGGAAUUAGCCUUCCAUGCAUUGAAACUGCCCCGUCUUCCGUUGUAGCACAAUCCACAGACGAUAGCUCCCCUUAGCAUUGAUACAUUACAGAGAAGAGAGAGAGAGAACAGAGGGAAAGAGAAAGAGAGAGAGAGUGCGAGCAAGGCUAGAUAAGCCCAGUAACUAGCCUCUGUAAAGGCACAAAUAUUACAGGGAUCUCAGAGGGGGUACUACUGGUGGGUCAGUGGUUUUUAACCACAUGAGUAAGGAGCAUGUGUGGUCUAUGGUAGCAUUCAGAGCACAGUUUACUAGAGAGGAGUGUGAGUGACCGUCUGUUAUUCAGAGUCACAGAACAACAAGAUGUGUUCUGGUUCCGUCACUGAGCAGCAGCUUGUCAGUGAUUCCAGAAUCUUUUAUAGGCCAGUAACAGUUCAUUCUUUUUUCCAUUCCAUAAGCUCAUUCAUUUCAUACUGUUUUCAAGUACAUUUAUCCGUGUUUAUCUGUGAUUCUAUUUUUGUUCUGUCAAGACAUCACAUCAUCAUUUUGCACAAGUUCCAUUGUAUUGUUUAGUCACCAAGAAAAUGCUGAAGGAUUCCAUGAUCAACCUUGUUAGCUUAAAUAUAAAACAUUUGAUGUCUUAUUUUGGGAGACAUCACGCCUCCGAGUAAUGGGGUCAUGAAAUUGAGGUAUUAUGAAUAUUUCAAAGGGAACUUCUCAACAGAAAGAGUACUUUGGGAGAAAAGCUUCCCCUGUGAACCAUGUUGAGUGUUUCACGCCGACAUCCACUGGAAACUACCUCACUGCCUGUGCAGUGAGAAUGUGAACCUACCCUUACCCCUAUCCCACCCCCCCAUCCCCCCCACCACCACCAUGUAGGUUUUGAUGAGUGGGAAUGGUUAGUGAAUCUGUGCUUUAAUUUCACUAUUGUUGUGAUAUUUAUGUGCCUGCUGUUUUAAUCGUUAGGGAAAAAAGCCCUUUUUUUCCUUUCGUUCAUGUUCCUUAGAGGUUUUUUUAAGUUAUGUACUUGAAUUAAGAAUAUGCAAUCUGUACCACUAUGACCACUGCCACAAAUACAGCAAGACUUUAUGAUUCCAUGUACAGACCUAAUCGAUAAUUGUGAUGCUAAUAUAUAUAUAGAUAAUAUAUAUAGAUAUAUGAUUAUUAUGAUUAUGGACUACCAUUUAAAACCCCUGUGCCCUUAUAAUACGUCCACUGCGCCUGCUGUGUGUGCGUGUGUGUGUUUGUAGAAUAAGCAUGCAUGUGUAAGUGCUCAGUGAAGGUCAGACACACACAGGCAUGGAACACUUUAUUCCAUCUGAUCCAUCAGACUCCCAAGUUACACCCCAGCACAAGACAGUAAGAGGGAAAAAAAAAACAGAGGAAUUAUUAUCGUCAGAAAAACAAAAAUGCAGCGUUCCUUUAUAAUCAGUUGUAAGUGACAGUGCUGGAGAACAAAUCACAACACCAGUAAGAAAGACAGACACACAGUGUAGAACCCUUGCACCUUACAGACGAAAAAAAAAAAAAGGUUCUUGCAACCCCCAGCCCUCCACUACUACUACGACACAUAAGAGACUCCUGUGGCACAAUAAGAAUAAUCAAUAUCUCAUUACCGUCGCUGUCAGUGACACAUCGCUGCCAUUGUUCAGAGCCCUGAUCAGACAAUCCCCAUGGCAUAUAGGCCCACACAGCAGAGAGCUGUAGAGGUGGAGGAAAGGUCACCUCGCCGAGGUGUCAGGGGCCACAGGGGUUAAGAUGGAUGCUGGAGUUUUUUGUUUUGGAAACGUUGUUAAAAGACACAAACAUGAAUCACCGCAAAGUGUGCAUUUCAAUUGAAGCAUUUUUUGUUUUUAUCUUUUUAUAUUUUCCAAAAAGCAGAAAUAAAUGAAGGUUAUGAGGAAGAAAGAAAAGAGAGAGAGAGAAAAAAAGAAACAUAUCAAUCAAGUUUAAAAAUGUGUCACCUUCAAGAGUAAUGAGACUUAAAGUGGUGGUUCUGUAAGUGAAUGGGAUCUGAACUCGAGGUUUUCGAGAGGGCGCCACCCAGCAGCAAGACGGCAUUCAUGACUCAGAUCACUCAAUGCUUUUUAAAAGACAUGGGACAACUGAAAAUGAAAAAAAAAAAAACCCAUAAAUAUGUUCAAAUGGAUUCAAUGUAAAAUGUUUUUAAGAACCAAUAAAAUAAUACAUUUAUGUCAUAUUUUUAAA